AUGUCUGGACUCCGCUUCCUCGACCUCGUGAAGCCCUUCACCCCCCUCAUCCCGGAAGUUCAGGUUCCCGAGACGAAAGUACCCUUCCAGCAGCGAAUAAUAUGGACCAGUGUCACUCUCGUCAUUUUCCUGGUCAUGAGCCAGAUGCCACUAUACGGCAUUGUGUCGUCAGACACCUCCGAUCCGCUAUACUGGCUACGUAUGAUGAUGGCGAGUAAUCGUGGUACACUGAUGGAGCUGGGAAUCACACCCAUUAUAUCCUCCGGCAUGGUCUUCCAGCUCCUUGCCGGCACCCACCUCAUCGAUGUCAACCUCGAUCUCAAGUCGGACCGCGAACUCUACCAAACCGCCCAGAAGCUCCUCGCCAUCAUCCUGUCCUUCGGCCAAGCGUGUGUCUACGUGCUCACUGGUCUCUACGGGCCCCCAGCAGAUCUCGGCGCCGGUAUCUGCGUUCUUCUCGUUGUCCAGCUCCUGACUGCUGCUCUUAUUGUCAUUCUUCUCGACGAGCUCCUCCAGAAGGGCUAUGGUCUGGGCUCUGGUAUCUCUCUCUUCAUCGCGACCAACAUCUGCGAGAACAUCAUGUGGCGCAUUGCUUCCCCGACCACCGUCAACACCGGUCGUGGCCCAGAGUUUGAGGGCGCUCUUCCCGCACUGGUCCACCUGCUCUUCACCUGGCCAAACAAGCAGCUUGCACUUCGCGAGGCUUUCUACCGCCAGAACCUCCCGAACAUCAUGAGUGUCAUCUCAACGGUCUUGGUCUUCUCUGUUGUCAUCUAUCUCCAAGGCUUCCGUGUUGAGAUCCCAGUCAAGUCCUCCCGCCAGCGUGGCAUGCGCGGUUCGUACCCAGUCCGCCUCUUCUACACCUCGAAUAUGCCGAUCAUGCUCCAGUCCGCCCUCUCCUCGAACGUCUUCCUCGUGUCUCAGAUGCUCUACAACAAGCUUCCAGACAACCUUUUGGUCAAGAUGCUCGGUGUGUGGGAGGCUCGCGAGGGCACAGCUCAGGUCCUGCCGGCAAGCGGUCUCGUCUACUACAUGAGCCCACCUCUCAACCUCAUCGAUGCCCUUACGGACCCGAUCCACACCGCAGUCUUUACCGUCUACAUGCUCACUGCAUGCGCCGCUUUCAGCAAGACCUGGAUCGAAGUCUCGGGCUCAAGCCCACGCGAUGUUGCCAAGCAGUUGAAGGAGCAAGGAUUGGUUAUGGCUGGACACCGUGAUGAAAGCAUGUACCGUGAGCUCAAGCGUGUCAUCCCAACUGCUGCCGCAUUCGGCGGUGCUUGCAUUGGUGCUCUCUCGAUCGUCAGCGACCUCAUGGGCGCAAUGGGUAGCGGCACUGGUAUCUUGAUGGCCGUGACAAUCAUCUACUCCUACUUCGAGAUCGCAGCCAAGGAAGGCGACAUGGCUGGUCUCAAGGGCAUGGGUAAGUACUGA